AUGGGAAGAAGCCUGAGAAAGCACUGUGCUUACCACAACGAAGACGGACACCUAACACAGGGUUGUAGAGCCCUAAAAGCACAUUUAGAAGAUCUGGCAAGACAAGGUCAUUCAAGGGACGUAGUAUAUAAGGCCAGAACAAGGGAAGAGCAAGCAAGGCUGCCCCAGGCACCAGCAACACUACCUCCACCAGCACUACAACUGCAAGUGGACGGACCUCGAGUGAUUAACGCGAUUCACUCGAAGGUCAAUGAGAACGAGCAUCCACACAACGAUGCUCUGGUGAUAUCUCUCAAGAUUGGAGAAUGUCAGGAGCUCGGCCUUCACCAAGAUCAUCUGGAGCACUCCAAUAGUCCAAUGGUCUGGUUCAAUGAAACACCGACAUGGCCUCUAGGAGCAAUAAGUCUGGAGGUGCAGACAGGCUCCAAGAAGGUAAGUACAGAGUUCAUAGUAACUGACACCCGCUCCCUUUAUAAUGUUAUCUUGGGGAGGCCAUGGUUGCACGUAAUGAGGGUUGUUCCCUCAAUGGUGCACCAACUGUUACGGUUUCCAACAGAGCAUGGAAUUGAGGAGGUUAGGGGGAUCAAGUACAAGCAAAGAAUUGCUUCAUAG